AUGGCUCCUCACGCAAUUGUCUUCGACCUUCUCACAGCCCUCCUGGACAGCUGGUCCUUAUGGGCCGAGGCCGCAAACAAUGACCGCAAAGCAUCCUACCGGUGGCGCACAAGAUAUCUCGAGUUAACAUUUGGAUGCGGCGCAUACCGUCCCUAUGAAGAUCUCGUCUACGAGUCAGCCAAAGAUGCCGGCCUCCCGGCCAGUGCACCCAAAGCCCUGAUCCACAAUUGGGAUCAGAUGCGCCCUUGGCCCGAGACAAAGCAGGUCUUACUACAGUUGAAAGAAAAAGGAUAUCGCUUGGGAGUCGUCUCCAACUGUUCUGCGGAACUCGGCCGUCGAGCCGUUGCGUUGUGUGGUGUGGAAUUCGAUGCAUUCGUGACUGCCGAAGAAGCCGGCUUCUAUAAGCCUCAUCCGAAAGCAUACGGUACGAUCCUGUCGGCCUUGGGGGUGGAGCCUCGAGAUGCUCUCUUUGUCGCAGGCAGCAAUGGCGAUGUCGUCGGUGCAGCAGCGGCUGGUAUGGAUGUCGUUUGGCAUAACCAAAUCGGUCUUCCCAGACUCCCCGGUUCUAAGCCGCGCCUUGAAGGUAGCUCUUUACAUGUCGUUCUAGAUCACCUCCGACAGGUGGAGUCGACGCCGAGCUCGAGUACGUCUAGCCGGUCAUCACGGCUUUAG